UAAAUUUAUUUUAAACAAUAGACUUUGUACCAUAUUGUGCACACUUACAACCAUGAAACCUAAAAAAUCUACCUUCUUGAGGGUGUCAGUGGGAUUAACUGUCUAUAUUUACUGACAACCAUGUGAAAAGAUGUUGCUUUUUUUUGGCGUUUACAGUUUAUAGAGGUCAAAUUUUCAACAUUUUUUUUUAUAAGAAUAAUAAUUUUUUGUUUAGUAAUAGGUUUAAUGAACUUUAACCUUGUUUUAGAGGUUUUUUUAAUUACUGUUCAUUUUUGCUUUUUAUGUGAUUGAUACAUGUGAGCAGUAAGCUGUUUGUCCAAAAAGUAAUAAUUGUAGACACAUUUGUUUGCCAUCUUGUCCAUUUUCUUGAAUCAGAUGAGAAGUGCACAAAGCAGGGAUGGUUUGCUUUUUCAUUUGUUUCUGUCUUGCUUCCAUCUUGCCUUGUUGCUUUAAAAGGGUUAAAAUGCAGAGCUUUGGUAAUGAAAGUAAUUUCACAAACUUGUCGAUGUACCAUAUUCAUAUCAUGAGAAGAAAAUUAAUGUUGCAGUGUAUACUCACCUUUGCAUAAUGUAUUGUUGCAGCCCUACUUAGGGUCCCACUUAUUUAAUGACCUUUUGUCAUUUACAACAGUUUUAAGACCUACACAACAACUGCACUAGUCGCAGCUCAGCUCUCUGCAAUCAGCCCUUUGGGUCUUCUUGGCAAUGUUGAUGUUCGUAGUCUUAGUAAUGGACCAGCAACUUCCUUGACAGAAGCCGGAGGAGAGGAAGAUGAUGAGCAAAAUUGUCCGCCCUCAUCAGGUACCUCAGGAAGUUCACAAGUUGGUGUGAUGUAUCAGAUUUUUAAACUGUUGUAUAGUCUCUUACUACAUUUUAGUCAGAGUGGUAAGUUGGCAUUGUACAGUGUAGAUAUCAUUAUUUAUUUGUGUUUGGCUUCUGUUUGCUGUAUUUCUCUCAGUAGUUUGACACACUUGCACAAGGACCAGGUUUGAUGACAAGGCUUCAUUACAACUGAGAGACAAAUUUAAUUAAAGCAUCUUUCUUGUUUUCUAAAAUGCUGUAAGAAGAGUCGUGUAUAGAAGAGUAAUAACAUUAUGUAUUUUUUAAAUGAAGAUACAUGUAUGAUUGUUGCAGUGGUGUUUGCAAUUUAAGCAAUUGCAAAUUAAACUGAAAAAAAGUUCAGUACUUCAGCGGGUUUCAAACCCAUGGCCUAUUAGUACUGCAGUGCUCUACCAAUAUUGAGCUAUGAAGACCCACCCACUGGGAGCAGACUAAUUUGUUGAGUUGAAUGAAACAUAUAAAGAUGUGAUGUAUUGUUGUUCAACAUACCAACUGAUUUGAAUAAUCACAGAUGUUAUUAAAGACGUUCAAGAUGAAAUGCUAAAAAGUGGAAGCAGUGGUCAUAUAUUUGCUGUAGUUCAUAUAGGUAAGUAUCAUGACUGUGUCAGGUGCUUGGAAUAUUGAGCAGUUCUUACUAGGCAACUGCUUACCAACAUUUGGUUGAGUUAAGCAAUUUUGAACUAGUCUAUGAUGAACACAUCCAUUAUUAAAAGUUCCACUGGUGUAUUUCCUCUUUUGAAUUUGUAGAAAUUUGACCUUACAUGACUGUGAGCAUUUUCAUUUUCAGGAGGAAGACAAUUUAAGAUUACCAUCAAUGAUACAAUAGUAAUCAACAGAAUUGAUGCAGACACUGGAGAGAGGAUACACAUUGAAAAAGUUAGAUGAAUUAAUUAUGUCUUCUUUACAACUAAAACAACUUUUUACUAACAUUUGAAUAACUACCAUCAGGUCUAUUCAUGAGUUACAGCUGUGAUAGUGGCCAAUGUAAAAGCUGUUUCCACUGUGCAUGUUCCUCCUUAGAUUGUCUAUUUCUUUCACAUAUCAUUACAGUGUAAAACAAAGUUGAAGUUGAAGCUGGGGUAUGUGGGAUUAAGAUUACAAUGUACUAUCCUUUGUCCUUGAUCUUACACCUUUGUUAGUGCAAGCUUGUGGAGGACUCGUUUACAGAAGUAGCCCACACCGCUUUGGGCAUCAGGAAUUUGUCUAACGCCACUAGUGAUUUAGUUCUAAGAGGUGGUUGAAAGUAUUUUCAGUAUUUUCAGUGAGCCGAAACUUGUGACUACAAAAUGAAAGACUACAACUAGAACACAUUCUUGAAAAUGUGAUGUUAUUUUAUUAUCUUCUUUUGAUUGUUUUGUUUGACAGGUUUUGAUGGUUGGAGGAGAAAACUUCUCCGUGAUAGGAACUCCUUUAGUUGCGUAAGUACAAAGUACCAAGCAAAGUAUGUCUACACCAUUUGCCUAUUCUUUUCCUCAUAGGCAUUCAGGUAGUGGCGAGUACAUUAAAUUAAUUGUAUGCGUCGAGCGUAAGGUAAAAUAGGGGGAAAAAGAAGAGAAACCCGGCCAGGGGUGUGGGAACAAGUAAGCCUUUUCUCAUUUGUGCUAGUUGGGGAAAAUUUUGGCAUAGCUCCUCCGCCAAAAUUGUCCCUGAACUAGCACAAGUGAGCCUGCUCACCGCAGGCUAGCCUUUUCUGUAAUCCCUAGAAUUUUGCAGUUCUCAAAUGGAAAGGUUGCUCCUGUGCUAUGAACAUUUGCUUGGGUUACUGAGUGUCUUUUGGCAACACUCAAUGCAAUUCACUUACCUGAAACAUGUCAGUGUACGUGUAUUUAUCAAGCACCAGGUCAGGAUGGCUGGAUAUUUGCCAAGUUCUUUUUUUACGUUUUUUCUUGGACCACGACGAAAAAGAGAUCUAUAAAAGGUAAAAAGAAGAACGAAGCCUGUACAUUCAGCUAUCUUGACCGAACGGGUCUGGCCAAAAAAUAAUUUAUUAUAUGGUCAAAGUAGGCGAUUCAGAAGGGGGCAGGAUAGGCCCAUCUUGGCCGCUCGGGUAGCCUAUGAGAAGAAAGGAUUCGCUUCGUCUUGCACACUUGUGGAGCCAGCUACAAAAUGACAAUAAGAUGGGUUAACAGGGUGUACGUUAGUUGUAAUAAUGCAAAGAGUUUCAACUCUGAUGCAUCUUGUUGUUGAUUUCGUUAUUUGGUGUUUUGUUUUUUACAGCAGAGACUUGGCAAGGAUUGAAGCUACUGUAGUGGAAAAAACCAAGUCACCAAAAGUAAUAGUUUUUAAAAAGAAAAGAAGGAAGGGGUACAAGAGAACUCAAGGUAUAAACAAGUGUUUAGUUAGGGCGUUGAUCUUUGAGCAUGACUGAUAUGAUGUUAUCAAUCUCGCACCCAGAUCUCUUGUUGACGAAAUCUGGUCAAGUAAGAAAAUUCAAUUUUUUUUGAUUAGCUAGAUCGUGAGGGAAUGACGUGAGUGUUGUCUUCUGUGCGCGCUAUAACGUACAGCCUUUGCAAAGUCUUCAGUUUUGUUCAAAUAAAUAUUUUCACUAGUAGUAGUGAAUAGUGUUCCGUCUCAAUAAAACCAUUUUAAUCUUAUCUUUAAAUUCGUUUUAAAACUCUACCUCGGAAUCAUGAUAAAGACUUUUGAAAAGGGUAAAAAAGAAUCUCGCGUGAGAAAAGGUGGCGCGUACUGCUCUGAGCAUGGAUAAUAGAAAGUCUUUCAUCCAUGGAAACACGGCCGCCAUUUUGAGGAUUAUUUCAAGUAUGCGAUCUUUCAAGGCGUGUCACAUUUCUGACAGGCGAUUACGUGCAAAAAUAAGCUUCUUUAGUCUACAUGAACAAGAGAGCUGGGUACGAGAUUAAUGAUGUAAUAUGUUCGGUUUUCCAGGCCACAGACAAGACAUAACAGUGCUGAGAAUAAACAGCAUUCAUGUCCAACCGGAACUUCUCUCCUUAUCUACAGCUGGGAACUCAAGUUAAACAGCCGAUUGAAGAAAUCAUCUGAUGUUAAGCUGAACUUAGCACCGGCAACUGGCGUCAAGUUAGAGGAGACGUGGAACUGUUGAUGAACGAAAAAUGCGCGAAAUUCAACUCAAGACUGGAUUUGAAUUUCUGAUUGUGGUUCAUGCCUAUUCACACUCAUUUCCGCAACUCACAUUUUUAUCAAGUACGGGGUACCUUUAGAUUCAUUUUUAGUUUCUCAGAGCUUUAUUAAACCU